AUGACCAUGGGCCCGCAUUCGCCUUCGAGACGCGCUUCGUGCUCGCGCUUGUACGGGUCACUAGUCAUUUUUUGUAAUCACUUUAGUGCAGAGGCUGUUAGGGAUUAGGUACCAAUAGUUCCCACUGCUGAGAUUGAAGGGGCGCAGGUUCCGUUCCGCUUCACUUCGUUCUGACAUUGAAGCAUAGCACGACAACGUGAUCCCAUGCUUGUUUCUCGACGAAGACCAGGACUACUAUUUGAACGACGAUGACUUCGAUCGAUUAUCGCCGCUCACCAACAUGACGAUCGCUGAGCUCCUCGCCUUCGAUGUCGCUCCCGCCGACGCGUCUCUUCACAUCGAGUUGUCCAAAGACGAGCCCAACCAGUAUUCGACCUUACCCUACCCGACUCUCCAGACCAGAGACGCGUUUCUCGCCACCGAUGCUCUGAUCAACGCACGCAAGAAUGGAUUUCGAUCUUUGGCCGUCGCGUCGACGCGUUUGCCGCUCGGCGCCGAUCGGCUAUGGUCGCAGCACGACCGAGCAGAAGAUGUUCAAAGCUGGGCGCUGCGAGCUCAACGAUGGAUGGACAGAUUCGUCGUUAUCAACGGAACUGACCGCAACCGUAUCGCUGUCGCACGUCGCAUACUGAACGGACUGCAAUGGCAAGAGCAAGCUCAUGCGUGCUCGUUACUACACAGCCCACACACUUGAAACUUCCGCCUCUUGUCGAUGCUCGCGAUAUCAAUUUCUCGCUGAACUGGGCCAACUUGAUUGCCCAUCGAGCUGCUCAUGAGUGUAGCCACCUCAGAGCUGUUCUACUCAAAGGGAGGCCGAUGGAAUCGAGCCACACAAGUCGCGGAGAGGCAGGCGUAGGGAUUAGCAAUACAGAGCAAGGACGCAGUGCAGUACAUUCACGCGUCUUGAAAGGGUUGGUCCAGUCCAUGGGACCAUCUCGCUUUGAAGACAUGGCGGGCACGGCCAGGAGCUUUCGCUGGACUGGAGGUGGCCAGGUGGCCCGAGCGCUCACAACAAACGAGAUUCAGAAGAAUGCCUAUAUUGAGGAUGGCCGCAUUCAAGUGAGUUGUCGCUGAAAUUAGGAAAUAAGGCAACUGGAUCUAAUGUUUUGUUAUUCCUGUACUCUUAGGAAAAACUCCCUGAAAGAACCAAGCAGUACGGAGCGCUAGCACAACGCUAUCCUCAUUUUGGAUCGCUUGACGGAGCUGUAACCACUGCCACACCAUUGGAGAUCGGAUCUCUGAUCUGCUUUGGCCUCAAGCGUGGCAUGCAUUCACUCAGCUGCGAUCAAACUGCUUAUGGAGAAGAAACGCUGUCCAUCGGAAUUGGUACGUUGUUUUGAGUGCAGUGGCAGUUGAGCUGUGACGUUCUCAUUUGACAAAGGUCUUGUCUGCUACAGUGCGAUACAUCUACAGCAAAGUGACAACAAACCACUGCAACCGAGACACGCUCCCGUCGUUGGUUCUACUUUCAAAUGUCGUCGUACAGGAGCUUCGCCUCAUCAAGAAAGCAUGCUAUUCCACUCACCUCAUUGAUGGCACUAUGCCGUUUCGCAUGAUUGAUGGUCGACAGGUCAUCGAGUCAUUAGGCCCGCCAGCGACUACAUAUCGUUCAACCACGGACCUUACCUCAUGUUACCCCGACGAGCGCAUAAUCACAUGUGCUAUAGCGCGACAAGGUCUUGAAAUGAUGAUUUCUCUCUAUCAUAAUCAGCACGUGCGCACAUGCCGAGCAAAGAUUUGCCGCCCUUCGGAGCGUCCCCGGCCUGCGAGAUGCCGCCGGUAGAACCUCUACAAGCCGCACAAAUGCCUCCGCGGAUACAAGGAGCUCAAGUUCAGCAAAACGGAGGUCUGACAACGAAAUAGCGAGCCCACCAGCAAAGCAAGGAAGGCUUGUUUGAUGCCUGGAGCCACGCGCGACACCAGCCGAAGCGACGCGCGCCGCAAGCCACUUUCGAUCGGCCGCCGCGCGUCCGCAAACGCUCGGAACGCGUUUUCGAGGACUUUCGAGCGAUUUUUGGAGCAUGUAGAACACAUUUUGAUAAUAUUUUGAGGCGCAUGUGA